AUGAAGUCAAAAUUUGAACAACUGUAUAAAGUAGAUAAAGCACAUUAUGACCAAGAAAUGAAAAUUUGUAUGGCAGCUCAAGAUGAAUCAUCUGCUGAUGAAGAUUCAGUACUUAUUUCCAAACAUCGAGAAAAGGAUAGCAAGUCCAAGCAACCUAUACGUGCAUCUACAGAUGAAAGUGCAAUCAUGUCUUUUCCAGAAACAGAACCCGCUCAGAAUGUUGGGUCAGCUAAAGUUUCCGAUUCCUUUUCAGCUGGGAACAUUGAUUAUGAAGAAGGUCCUAUCAUAAUUCCAGAAAAGAAAGAACCAAAAGUUGAAUCAUCAGUGGAAUCUGUGAAAAUAGAGCCAGAAGAUAGUUGCAAAAGUGGAAAAUUCAAACUUUCGCCUUGUCACAGCAGAAAAGGUUCAGAAGAUACUUGCAAAUACAUAAAUGAAAAGUCAAAUCUUCAGCCUUGUCACAAACCAAAAGACAGUGAAGAUACUUGCAAACUUGGAACUGAAUUAUUGGAUCUUGAUCCUUGCCGCAAAAGAAAAGAUACAGACGAGACUUGCAAAUGCAAAACUAGAAAAUCAGACAAUGAUUCUUGUCCUAGACGAAGAGACAAAAAAGAUUCUCUUCAAUGUACAAGUCGAAUAUCAGAUCCUGAACCUUGCUAUGAACGAGAUACACGAGUUGCUCCGAGGAACAGAUCAAGAAUAUCAGAUCCUGAAGCUUACGAACACGAAGAUAAAUAA